AAGCGUCUACGGCGGCGCACGGUUCGCGGGACCGAAAUCGUUAAUAAAAAAUAUAAUACAAUAAUAAUAAAAAAAAAAUACACAGACAAAAAAUAUUGUUGGUAAGGUCGAACACUCGAACACCUCCGCCGACGCCAAUCGUCGUCCGACGAUAGCGCAACGCGGAAGUGCGGAUAGUUAGGUAGGUAGGUACCCACUCUUUUCUUACGCGCACACGGCACACAAUGUCAGUCGUGAGUCGUGUGCGGUGAGCGGUGACUGGUGACUCGUAGUCAGUAGAGUUACUGCACGCACGUCGUGCACUCGAAACGACAACAGACGUCACGGGACCGCGGUCGGUCGUUUUUGUACGUUUAUUAAGCUACUAGCUAGUAUAAAACAAAAAAAAUUAAUAUUUUAGUAGUCGCCCGCGGUCGGUUGCAGUGAGCAAGUGUGGGUGGGUACCUACGACCUACCUAUCUGUCCUACUGGUUUACCUGGCAUCGACGACGUAUCAAUACGGUGCACCGUAGUUUGUAUUCAGACAUGAACGUUCGAUGAUCAUCGUUGUAUAGAUAAAACAUCAAAUAUGACUUUUAAAGGCUGCAUGAAACGGACAUGCUGCAUAACAUCAAGUUUUUUUGCGAUAAUAUUAUUUCUCGUAUUCAUAGUUAUACCAAUUGUAUUUCGAUACUCGCCAUCACUUCAAAGAGGAAUGAUAUUUCUAAACUAUGUUCGUAUGCCAUCUUCAGUUAAUUAUAGUCAUCCUGAAAUGUAUGGUAUCAGAGGAACUAGAAAUUUCCAUAUAAAAACAAAUGACAAUAUGACAUUGGGUGUCUGGCAUGUUUUACCACGUAAUCUCUUGGAAAAAUAUGAAAAUGAUAAUUCAACUUAUGAACAACUUUUAAGUCACGGUGAACCAAUCGUGAUAUAUAUGCAUGGCAACUCAGGAACACGAGCAAACGAACACCGGGUUCAGUUGUACCAUGUGCUUCAAGAUAUCAACUGCCAUGUAAUAGCAGUAGAUUAUAGAAGUUAUGCUGAUUCUACUGACGUUGAAGUUAGUGAGCUUGGCGUGGUUACGGAUGCAAUGGAAAUGUUUAGAUGGGUGCAUAAGCGUGCUAAUGGCACCCCUAUCUUUGGCUGGGGUCAUUCUUUAGGAACUGGAAUUGGAGCACAUGCAUAUUCACUGCUGGAAAAAGAAGGUCUUUAUCCGAAUGGCCUCAUACUAGAAGCUCCAUUUACAAAAAUGAGUGACGAAAUACGCGAAUAUCCGCUUACCAAGAUUCAUCGACUAUUGCCUUGGUUUGAGUUUUUCAUCAUUGAACCAGUUGAGAAAAAUAACAUCAUUUUUGAUACAGAGACAAAUUUGAUGAAUACUAAAAUGCCAAUAUUGAUUUUACAUGCACGUGAUGAUAUUGUAAUACCUUACCAACUAGGUGAAAAGUUGUACAAACAUCUAUUGGAAACUAGAAAAAAUGUUACUACUGAAUUAGUGUUGUACGACAAACAUUUUAAGUAUGGACAUAAGCAAAUAUGUAAAGACAAAGAAUUAGGAAAUCGGACUAGGAAAUUUAUCAACGAGUCUAUAAACAAUUCACCUCAAUAAAUACUUUCUUAUUCGCCAUUAAUAUAGGCGCUUAUAGUGCAUGCAGUUAAUAUGAAUUGGUCAUUGUAUUUGUUUAGCUCAAUUUUUGCUGUUGUAUGAUCGUAUCUAAAUCGUCAUUGAUAUUUACAUUAUGAAAGUGAUACUACUUUUUAGCACAGUAAUAAUUUAAUAAAAAUGAAUGUUUUUGUAAUUGUGACAAAUAUACUGUUGGCCUAUUAUUGUGAUCCUUUUACAAUUAAUUUUAUACUAUUUCUUUGUUUUUACACCAUUUAUUUUCUUCAUUUUUCUACAAACUUUUUCUUUGUAAUUAUAUUUUUGUUGUCAUUAAAAAUACUUGUGAUUUCUUAAUAAAUGUAUAG